CUCAGGAUAACAAACGAGUUCAACUGCCUGCCAACCUGUUUACCCGUGACCAAUCCAAAACCAAGACAAUGUCCAACUCCGGAGGUCGGAGACUGAAGCAGUGGCUGAUGGAGCAGAUCCAUAGCACGCAGUACCCCGGGCUCUUGUGGGAAGAUGACACCCACUCAAUGUUCCGAAUUCCGUGGAAACACGCAGGGAAACAGGAUUAUAACCAAGAAAUUGACGCAUCCAUUUUUAAGGCUUGGGCUGUGUUUAAAGGCAAGUUUAAGGAAGGGGACAAGGCUGAGCCCGCAACAUGGAAGACCAGGCUGCGCUGUGCCCUGAAUAAAAGCCCUGACUUUGAGGAGGUGACAGAAAGGUCGCAGCUUGACAUCUCUGAGCCCUAUAAAGUCUACCGAAUUGUACCUGAGGAAGAGCAAAAACAUGGUAAAAGCUCAGGGAUGGCCAUGACAGCUACCACCAGCUCUGGUGAUACUGCUGACAUGGACUGCAGCCCUGCAGAAAUAGAAGAGUUCAUUAAAGAGGAGGAAGGCUGCAGUAUUCAGGCCAGUCCAGAGUAUUGGUCUCAGGGCAGCGUCAAUGCUUUCCCACUGCAUCAGGAACCCUUACCAUCAGGCAAUCUCAGCUCAGCUCUCUCCCAGAUGAUGAUCAGUUUCUACUAUGGAGGGAAGCUGAUGCACAACACACUGGUUACUCAUCCUGAAGGUUGCCGGAUCUCCCCUACCCAACAUCACCUGGGUCGGGGCGCCCUCUACAGUUCAGAUAGCAUGCAGAGUGUUCAUUUCCCCCCUGCUGAGCUCAUCGAGUAUGAGCGCCAGCGCCAUGGCACACACAAGCUUCUGGGCCACCUGGAAAGAGGUGUUUUGGUCCGUGCCAAUCAAGAAGGCGUCUUCAUCAAGAGGCUGUGCCAGAGCCGUGUCUUCUGGAGUGGGGUGGGUGAAGUGGCUUCACAAUAUGGCCCCAUGCCUGGUAAACUUGAGAGGGAUGCUGUGGUCAAGAUUUUUGAUACAGGAAGGUUUCUUCAAGCUCUGCAGCUAUACCAGGAGGGUCAGUUUUCAGCUCCUGACCCAACAGUGAUUUUGUGUUUUGGAGAAGAGCUCCAUGAUCUCAGCAAUGCCAAAAGCAAACUGAUAAUUGUACAGAUUACUGUGGUAAAUUGUCAGCACCUGCUGGAUGCAGUGAACAUGCGCCGCACACAGCCCUUCUGUAACAACUCCAACCUAGACAUGUCUGAUGAGGUGGCCUCAGACCAGAUGGCCCACAUCUACCAGGACUUGUGCAGCUACAGCGGCCCCCAGAGGCCAGCCUGCUACAGGGACAACAUGCCCAUCACUGCCUGAGCGGUUACAAACAUGACAGAAGCUCCUCAGCAUGUACUAGAUUGAAUCUACAAAAUAUUAGGGAUACUCCUUAUUUUUCUAACAUGCACUGACAAAGUGCAUCCAGCUAGAGGCUAGUAUCACAGUUAGACUUUUAUACCAAUCACAGUGGAGACGUAAAGUUAAGGAGAAAUAAAUCAGUUUCAGUAUGGACCUGUAAGUAAAUAAUAUUAGGCUGUCCCUAAUAUUUUGUGUAUCAGUACUUUUUGUAUUUGUAUAUGUGCAGUGCUAACACUGACUCUGUGUCUAAACUCUGCUUUUUUUUCUCUUUUUUUUUUACAAUAAUGUCAUCAUCCAGCUCAAGAGAAAAAAAAGUGGCAUAUGCAAUAAGACUCAUUUUCUUACACAUAAGUCAGCUGUGGUGUAAAACUUUAACAACAUAUUUAACCCAUUACUUAACAAAUCUUCAAAGUAACUUGACAUUUCUGUGGAACUUUAUUCUGAUUUGCUCAUGUAUUAUUGACAUGUCACUCAUCUUUAUCUUCAUAAACUCAUACUCAAAAGUCUUAUUGCAGCAAUUCAACUGACUGAUGUAUAACAAAUAAUUUAGCUCUCAAAUUUAACUCUAUCUUACAUGCAUAAUUUUUUUUUAAAUGUUUUUUUUUCUAUUAAGGUACGUAUCUCUUAUAAGAUAACCAUUACAAUUUUGGACAAAAUCAACAUCGUUUUGUACUUUUUAUAAUAAAUAUAACUAUUCAUUUGAGUUGAUAAAUGAUAGAAGGGAUUGUAGAUGCAACAUGGCAUUAUAUUACAGAUAGGUUUUACUAUCUGUUUUACUUGAUCUUUAUUUUUGUUAUUUUUUUAAUAACUUCAUUUCUAAUAAAAAAAAAAGGUUUU